CCGCCAGUACCUUCGCGUUCCUAUGGUCCCUCGGAGGUGGCGCAUUUGAAUCGAGCAGCCUCAGCAAAGCGGAAUCUUCGUCCACGCAGUUCAUACGAGGAGUCUGCAGCCGAUUCAGCCGGUAAUUCAGUUACGCGUCGACGGCCCCUUCUUGAACGUCUUUAUGCCGGUAUCAGAAACCACUCUCAAGUUUUAAGGCUUUCACAACCCUACGAGGAAUCCCAAUCAGCCGAGGACGGGGACGAGAACUCAGCCAGCCUCUCGGACGAACAUAAAGGCCAGUACAGAAACAUCACAGUCCGCGAAUCCAUCGCCAGCCUGCGUGCCCGGAAUGCCCUUCCUCAGUUUCUCACUGAUCCUCGCUUCCGUCUACCAUCCAACAGUUUUGGCACCUGCAUUCGCAGUGGACAGGCUACGGCGGACGCUGUCUACGAGGGAGUUUACUGGUACCCAAACGAAGUUCCAGGCGAUCCCGCUAACGGUCCUUACAGCGCCGCCGAAAUUCUGCCCUCCACAGCAGGAGGCGUCAAUACGGAGACUGGUGUCUAUUCCAUGGCUGAACCCACUUAUUCUGGUAGCGAUGCCUACACGGAGAUUCCUGGUAGGUCAACUUCUGCCCUAAAAUCAAAGCUUCCCUAUUUUGAUGACUUCCGGGCCAACGUGUUUUUCAGUGGCUAG